GAGAAAUUAACCGGGUGCAGACAAACAUGGCCGCAUGUUAGUCUGAAAAUUUUCUUUACUGUUUGCCAAUGUUUCAUAGCUCUUAGACGCAUUAUUUGAAGACACUAGAUGGACAAGUAAUUGCACUAAACAGGUGCUUGACUCCAAGAUAGAAGAACAAUAAAAGCUUACUGACUGGUCAACUGGCUUAAAAAGCAUAGUUUCUUAGAGAAUUAAUUUGUUUAAAGAUCUGGGAUCUUUGCUGCAUAAUUCAACGUACAACCCCAUGUCUCACAACCACAUGAUGAAUAACCAACAGCAACAUGCCGCUAUGAUCAACCCAGGGGCUGUGGCAUCUGUCUCUGGUGCACAGGUGCAACAGAGGAGCAUGAUGUCUCAACAACGAGGUGGAUCUCAUGCGAUCAACUCAUCUAAGUCACCGUACCAGUUACAAACUUCUAGCAUCUCCCAGUUUUCUCACCUCCAACAACAACAACAGCAGCAGCAGCAACAACAACUUGUUAAUAACUACCAUAAACAAAAGCAGAUGUCUCCAGACAUAACCUCUCAUCAGUUUUCUAGCUCUACUGGUGGUGGUAUGCCAACUCAAAAUGGAAACUAUCAAAGCAUGUCAGGAAGUUCGAUUCACACUAGCAUGGGACUGGACAAUGGUCAGCUGAGUCUUCAGCAUCAGCACCAUCAAUACUCAUCCCAGCCGGCGCAAGCACUUCAGACAUCAGUUCAACAGCACCACUACCAGUCGCAGCAGAUGACACAGCAACAGCAGCAAGCUGCACAGCAACAACCACAACAACAGUAUCAGUCAUUUCAGCAACAGCAUCAUUUAAUCCAACAGCAGCAGCAACAGCAACAAAUCCACACACAGCAACAGCAACAGUUACCACAACAAGCAAUGCACCAGCAGCAACAACAUUUACAACUUCACCAGCACCUCCAGCAGCGCAGUUUGAACCAGCAGCAGCAACAACAACAACGCUACCAGAAGCAGCAGCAACAGCCUCAACCAAAACAGAUCCUCCAACACAGUCCUACAUCGGGGAAGUCCCUGUCCAGUGCGCCUCAUGGCACCAGUGUUCAGCCGUCUACCUUGCUGAACCAUCAUCAGCACAAUAUGGCUGCACCUCAGGUCACUCCUGUGACCAACGGCGAGUCGGCAGGAGAGGACACUUCCCCCAAGGACAGUCCUCAGGCACCAAAGACGUCUGGCAGGGACAGUGUACAUGUAAGCGACAACGAGGAAAGUGCAAGUAAUGCCUCUGAGAUGCAACAGAGCUUGGCAAACACAAAAGAGAAAACACCUAUGUGUCUUAUCAACGAACUGGCUAGAUUUAAUAAGAUGAGUCACCAGUACACUCUGGUGGAUGAGCAGGGCCCGGCUCACAAAAAGACCUUUUACGUGAAGCUGAAGCUGGGCGAUGAGGAGUAUUCGGCUUCAGGGGAGAGCAUCAAGAAGGCCCAGCACGCUGCGGCAGCCAUUGCCCUAGUAGAAACAAAGUGCCCGCACCCGCCUCCUAAACCCGCCCGACUUGGCUGCUGUGAUCUGGAGAAAUCAGCUGAUGGCAAUAUCACACCGACAGUUGAGCUGAAUGCUCUUGCUAUGAAGCGAGGGGAACCAGCGCUGUACAAGUCCAUUGAGCCUCAGCAACCUCCUUAUUACCACCAGCCAAACAUGGACUUUAGGGGGCUUUACAAUCAGAGAUACCACCAGUACAUGCGUGCAAGUCGUGAUCCUCGUUAUCGUGGCAAUGGGGUGCUGUGGCCUUUGAGGUACCACUACCCGCGUAUGAACCGGGCAUUCUACGUCUCCCUGCGUGUGGGCCACCGUGAGUUCAUUGGCGAUGGCCCCACGCGCCAGGCUGCCCGUCAUAAUGCCGCCCAAAAGGCCCUGCGCAUCCUGAAGAACCUGCCGGUACAGAGUGGAGAAAAGAAGUCAGAGGAGCAAGCAGAUGAAGCAGCAGAGGAUGCAUGUGAAGAAGAUGUCGAUGAUAGCCUCAAAUCAGAGAUCAGCCUCGUCCACGAGAUUGCAUUACGCAGAAAUAUGGUUGUUCAAUUUGAGGUGAUUCGUGAAACUGGCCCCCCUCACAUGAAGAACUUUUUGACCCGCUGCACUGUAGCAGACAUGGUCACUGAGGGAGAGGGCAACAGCAAAAAGACCUCCAAGAAAAAGGCUGCUGAGCUGAUGUUGGAAGAGCUCCGCAAGCUUCCUCCUCUUGCUACUCCUGCUUUCCCGAGACCCAAGUCAAAAAUACAGAUGAAUAAAAAGAAGAACAGAAAUCUGAUCAAGUCUGAACUGCAACAACAAAAGGCUGACCCCAACUAUGGAGUAGGGAUCAACCCGAUCAGCCGUCUCAUCCAGAUCAUGCAAGCACAGAAGAAAAAAGAACCAGUCUACACCCUGGUCACCGAGAGAGGCCUGCCCAGGAGGAGGGAAUUUAUUGUACAGGUUGAGGUUGAGGACAAGACGUGUCCUGGCUCUGGACCCAACAAGAAACUGGCCAAGAGAGCAGCAGCAGAAGCCAUGUUGCAGCUGCUCGGCUACACCAAGCCCAGUCCCCAACCUACAAAAUCCUCUUUCAAAAACCCCUCUACUGGAGAGGCUGGUCAGACUAACGGUGACAAGAAGGUGACCUUUGUUGGCGGAGAUUCUCCUGGUGAUGGAGAUGAUAAAGUCAGCUCUGGCUCCAAUCAGCAAAGAGUGCCUGGUCUGCUUCACCUGCCGUCUAAGUCAAGUGCAUCAUCUUCUGGGAAUCAGCACACAGCGUCCAAAGAGUCUCUAGUCAAUCUUGCCAGUAUCUUGAAGCCAAAUCUGCGGCCGGAGAUACAGCUCAGAGAACUAUGUAAGGCAAUGGACUGUCAACUGGAGAUUGAUGACUUCACUAAGAAGCGCACAAGUGGCACGGAGCACAUUACUCGCAUCACUAUAGGCAGUGAGAACCCCCAGAGCUUCCACGGCAGCAACACCUCCCUGGAGUCCUCCCGGGACAUGGCCGCGCUGGAUGCUCUCAAAGUCCUUGUGGCCAGGGCCAAAGACAUUCACCCUGGAGGUGAUGGUCCUCAGGUGAAGAAGGAUGUGCUGGCAAGAUCUGGAUCGGGAAUGAAAAAAGAUUUCUCCAAGUAACCCAGUGCUGCAUCAUUUCCUGUCUAUGACUAUGGCAGACAGCACUAUGUACGAGACUGAAUGUAAUAUACUCAGAGCUUUGUCUCGUACACUACAUCUGCCAGUGUGUAUAGAUACGAUAUGAUUAGGCCAAAAGAACAUAUUAUAUGAUGGACUGUUGUGAACUCUUUAGUCCUUCUACACCAUUUUUCUUCUUAAAAAAUUAUUAUUAUUAUUAUUUUUUUUUACUGUGGGCUUCUACAUUGGUUUUCUCUCUCUCUCUCUCUCUCUCUCUCUCUCUCUCUCUCUCUCUCUCUCUCUCUCUCUCUCUCUCUCUCUCUCUCUCCCUCUCCCUCCCUCCCCAUCUCCUCUACUCCCAUGAAACACUCAUAAUUACUUUUUCUCUUUCCUCUAGUCUUUUGCUCGACUUUUCUUUCUGCUUGUUUUUCAAAAAGCCCCUCGACUUUCCCUCUUUGUUAAUAUUCUUUUCACCUUUUUUUUUUUGUUUGUUUGUUUGUUUGUUUUAAUUUUUAACGUGCAGACCCAUGUGGAGAUAUUUGUCCAAGUUGGACUCUCCACACUCCUUGGGGUUAGCACUGUUCUGGUGGGAUUUUUGUUUUUCUUAGUGCUCUUUCUUUUUUUUUUUUCUUUUUUUUUGGCGAUUCCUUGCCAGGUUCCAAUUUUUGAUAAGAUAAGUUUUGAGGGCAUUUUUUUCUACUCGUGUUUUGUUGGGUUUUUACUUGGUUUUGAUUGGAAUGUUUUUGUCCAAUGCUCACUUUAAGUUUAUUUGAAUUUUGUUUUUCCUUUGGACAUAAGCCAAAUCUCUCUCUCUCUCUCUCUUUGGGUGGUGAGAAUUUUGGAGUCAUGCUGUCAUGAUUGCAAGUCCAAGGUGGAAACUAAUAAUAUACUCAACUUUGUCGUUCCUGUCAAACAGUAAGGUUGACUUUUGAUCAUGGGACAAAAAGUCAGAUGUAGUCUCCCAAGGUUCAAAGGGAGUUUGGUUUUGUUUUGUUUUUCAUUUUACAAUCUGAAUUCAAUUUUUCAUUAAUUUUUUCCCCCUCUUACUAUAGAACAUUUUGCCUUGUAUGCUCUAUCUCAGAUGAUCCAAUUGGUGCAUCGUUGUGUUUGUAGUUCCCAUGCCACAAAUUCUGUAUAAAAAAUGGGAUAGGUAAUAAGGGUUGUUCGACCCUGUGACUGCCUGCCACUCAAGUUCUCAAUUUGUUAUUUGUUGAGGAAAAUAGAAGGAUGCUAAUUUUUCAUUUCCCCCCACCCCCCAUGUAGAAACUAUUCUGAAGUCACAAGUGUAAGCACUUCAGAGGUAGAUGUUUGCUGUACAAUAUUUUCAAGAGCCGGCUGAAAAUUUGACCCAUGACUCAAAUCUCGCUUUAUCGUUACAGUUUGUUUUGAUGAAACUCAUUCAUUGAAUAGUAGUAUGCUCCCCACUAUUUUAUUGCCUCUAUAUUGUUAAGAACAAAAAAUUACUUCUUUGAUAGAAAGUUGUUUUUGAAUGCUUCUGUUUAAAAGCAGAUGCUGUCUGCGCAUUUUUUUAUGUAUAGGGUUUUGAGGUUUUAGAGAUAAAUCAAAAGAGUUUAUUCUACAAGUAUCCUCUUAAUGUCUUGUACUGAUGGUCUUUAGUUUAUUCAAAUAAAACCUGUGUGUUCGUAGUUGGUUCUAUUUUCUAAGAAUUUUGUUUGUGGAAAAUGAGCGAAUUCGUUGCAUCCUCAUCUGAAUGUGAUAUUUUUUCUUGAAGCGUGCUAUGUACGGGUGAAGUUGAAUGAUGGAGAAAAAUGACCUCCGAUGUAUUCAUGUUAUUUGAUUGGGUUGCAAGUGUUUGUAUUACCGUUUGAAGAGUGAUGGACGAUUGGGAAGACAGACAAAACUGUGGAAUAUAAUGAAAGCUUGUUGGCUGAAAAAUGUGGUCGGUUCAUUGCUUCGUCCAUAUGUCCUUGCUGUAAGUGGACAUACAUGGUGAGAGCAUUACACCAGAAAUGUGACGUAAAAUUUUAUGGCUUCCUGGGGUGCCCUUGGCAAGGAGUGUUAUGAAUGAUGCCUAAUUCACAGCUGAGACGACCUUCAAAAUUAUACUACAGAAUCUUCAGGAUCUUCUUGUCUCCGGUGUGAAUCUGGGUCUGUGUGGUCUCGUACUGCCAUUCUACAGCAUAGGUCUUGGCUGUACUCUGGCCACCAGCGUGGGAGAGAUGAGAGAGAGGUGGGGGAGAUUGGGCACUUGUGGAGAGGUCGAUAGGGGAACGCAAUGGACUUUCAGCACAGAUUGUUCCAGUAUUUGGAGGACCGCUUGAUAUUGGACUAUGAUGACAUGCUUACUGCAUGUGCGUGCGUGUGUGUUUACGAGUAAGAUUGUUGUGCGCGUGUGUUCUAUCUGCAUGUUGGUGCCUGUGUAUACACAGCCAUCGUCAACGGUGUCUGCUCUGCACUGCAUUUUUCAGUGUGGGUUUUCAUCCAAACUAAUCAUUUGUUUUGUGGCUAAGUGAAAACAGGGUGGCCUGUUUGUUAUUUGGGGAAUGUUUGAAAUAAUGGUAUUUUUGUUUGGGUUUUUUUUGUUUUGUUUUUUUCCUGCAUUGAUAUUGUUUUGUGAGACUGUAGAAGUUGCAUGGCACUUUUGAUACUGUUAAGUUUGCUAGUUAAUUUCCUUUGGAUCUGGUUUUACACUUGAAAGUUGUAUUCUUGUUUGUUACAGAUUUAAAGAUUUGAAUGCAGAUUGGAAAUCUGUGUGCUUUUGAAUUUUGUUUAUAAUGAUUUUUGGAUUCCAGUUUUGGCAGUCAGCCAAUAGUUAUAUAAAGUUGUUUGAAAUUCUUUCACUUUCUGUUUAUGAUAAUUCUGGUUACUGAUUACCGUUGGCUUCAGGCAGAAGCUGUGACCGUUUUCUUAAGACCCCUCCAUCUCAAAGCACAUGCAGACAGGAUAAUGACCCUCAGUGGGAGGGAAAAUUUUAGGACAUAGUUUUUGUCCUCCCUUGUUGUUAUUGAAACGUUACUAUUGAGUGAAAUGCUAAAGUUAGAAUAGUUCAUUUCAUGUUGUUAAUCCAGUUUAUUUCUUUUGCAUGGAAGCGAAUGAUUGAUUGAUUUGUUUGGUAUUGUGAAUUGAGAAUAAAGUGUUUCGAC